AUCCUAUCAGUUUGUUGUUCUUCGUCCUUUGCUGUUUCGGUGUCUUCUUCGUGGCCGCUUUCAAGCAUUAAAAUGGCAGUUUAAAGGCGUGUGGCGGCUAUCCUUGCACCGGCAACAAACUGGCAGUGCAGCGGCGAAGAGCACUGGCAAUUUCUGGCAAAAUGGCGUCUCUCCUGGCAACUCCCCUCAGCUUUGCUGCAGUCGACAGCAGUUUGGAACUUCUCGACUUACAGACGUCUCCGCACUAUAUUUUAUUCACCUACACGCGGUCAUCGCUGAUCAGCAGCCAUGAUGACGCUCUCCCAGUUCACCUUGGAGGACGUGGAGGCCCUGUGCUUAGCAGGGCCCUCAUUUCUGAUGGCUGACCCAAUGGGGCCCCUUCUGGACCAAGAUGAAGAGGAAGCGCUUUCACCCUCCUCCUCCCUCGAGGGGGAGGUCCCAGCUUCACCACCCCUCUCCUUGUCCCCCUCCUCUACCUUGCUGUCGCCCCCAUCCCCUCCUCUCAGCCACUGCACCUCCUUCCUGGAAGCCAAGGGGGGAGUCCUCAACUGGCUGAGUGUCGGUGGCCUGCUCGAUGCUCAUGUAGGUGCAGACGACGGCAAAGAUGAUGCGUUCACUGGCAUGGAAUGGAUGGCGGAGAAAAUCGACCUCGGCGAUUUGGACCUUGAGUCGCUCAUCGACUCCUGCUCGUCCGAGGAGUCUCCUGAAUCAUCUGAGGACCUCCUGGCCUCCCUGCACUCCCACGUGGAUUUGGACCUGGACACCUUUAACACUCCUGUUCUCAACGAACAGCUGGAGCUGCAGAUGGCCGCCACCGUCCCGGAGCCCCCGCUCACAUCACUGGAGGUUCCAAAAGAGGAAGUGGCACCCGCCCAUCAGGUGUUUGUGAAGUCUGAGCCCUGCUCCCCGGCCCCAUCCCCAUUCCCUCCUUCCUCCCCGAUGUCUGAUUUGGGGAGCGAGGUUGACACAAAAUCACCCCUUGCCGACAUCACCCCCGAUGCCAGCGGCAGUCCCAUCGUGGUCAUGGUGCUCGGCAACAAAGACACAACUCUCCCUGUGUCCCUCCCGGAGCUGUCAGUCGUGAUCCCGCCAACGCCCAGCGACUGCGAAAGCGACUCUGGCAUCGAGUCGGUUGCGGGCUCUCCACCGCGCGACUCCUCUCCUGCCCCCGGUUCGUCGCGAACAAAACCGUACGCCAAACCCGAGCCCGCCUCCCCCUCCUCCCUCAAGGGCAAGGUGAAGUCUGCGUCUGGUCCCAAGGUGGUGGAGAAGAAGCUGAAGAAGAUGGAGCAGAACAAGACGGCGGCCACACGCUACCGCCAGAAGAAGCGUGUGGAGCAGGAGCAGCUGGGCGUGGAGCGUGAAGAGCUGGAGAAGAAGAACCGUGAGCUGGCAGAGAAGGCGGAGUCCAUCAGCAAGGAGAUCCAGUACCUCAGAGACCUGAUGGAGGAGGUCCGCAAGCACCACCGUGGCAAGAUGAGCUCAGGCGCCACUUAGGAGAAAUUUGUGCCGAGCAUGGAAGUGAGAAAUAAGGAAGAGAGGGUUUGAGAGGUGGUCAAGUGACUCAUCUGUACAUGCUUUUCUCCCGCAGUUCCAAUCCACAGGUCCUACUUUUACCCCCUGCUUCAUGUAGUCCCUCAGUAUCAUCCUUCUGUCACCACGGCAACCUUCCUCUUAGCUUGAAGUCCAGAAAGGGUCCUCUUGUGUGUUUUGAUGACUUAGCUUGCGUGUGUACAUAAGUUUCUUGCUUGAACCUAGCUACUUCCUGUCUUUAUUUAAUACAACUUUGUUCAUGUCCUGAGUGGUAGCCACUCUAAUGGCUUGUACAAACGCUCUGCCUCUCCUUUUCUAAUAAACUUCUCUCAAUGACAAA